AUGUCUGGAUGUGUUUUGCGGUCCUACGACAGUAGCGGCACUGGGCAAUCAAGAUGGAGGAAGCUCCCCAGCGGGUGCCCGUAGUCCCCACGGGCAGAAUGAGCAGCACUUCCGGGCGGCCGCUUUCAAUCACCGACGACACCUCCACCACCACCACCACUACCACAACUACCACUACUACUACCACUGCAACGACCACCUCGACCACCUCCACCAUCACUGCGCUGACGACUAGCACGGCUGCUGCUGCUGCUCCUGCUGCUGCUCCUGCUACUGCCUCUCCUCGGUCCACUCCACCUCAGCCUUACCCUCGCCCGCCUUCCUCCACCGGUUCCUAUCCCUCGCCCAUUCCCUCUCCUGUUCCAGACCGUCGUCCUAUCCGCGGUCACGAGGGAGGAUUCGUGUAUCCCGCCUUCUUUCUCCGGCCGCGAGGUCUAUCACACCCAAUGUCCCCCGCUCAGCCCGAAAGGGCGAUCGAUCGGGAAGAGCGUCAGGCCCUACGUGCCAUUCGCAACUUCCUCAAAGUCCGUACCAGCUAUGAUGUCCUUCCACUCAGUUUUCGACUUAUCAUGUUCGAUACGUCGCUGUCCGUCAAGGAGAGCUUGAAUAUCCUCAUACAGAACGGUAUCGUUUCGGCUCCGUUAUGGGACUCUACAUCCUCGACCUUUGCUGGUCUUCUCACCACAUCCGACUACAUCAAUGUUAUUCAGUACUACUAUCAGAACCCCGAGGCUCUGAAUCAGAUCGAUCAAUUCCGCUUGGAUAGUCUACGAGAGGUCGAAAAGGCGCUCCAUGUGGCGCCUCCCGAAACGAUAUCUAUUGACCCAGAGCGGCCGCUCUACGAGGCCUGUCGGCGCAUGCUCGAGUCUCGCGCCAGGAGGAUUCCUUUGGUUACUUUUGACAGUCAGACCGAUCGAGCUCUCGUUCUGAGUGUUCUCACCCAGUACCGCAUCUUGAAGUUCGUCGCCGUCAACGUCAACGACACGCAGAAGUUACGGAAACCCCUUGGUGAGAUCUUGCUGGGCUCGUAUCACAAUAUAGCAGUCGCAUCGAUGGAUACACCUGUCAUUGACGUGAUUCACAUUCUCGUCUCACGGAGCAUAUCAAGUGUCCCCAUUAUCAAUACUGAAGGUGUUGUGUACAACGUCUUUGAGGCUGUCGACGUGAUAACGCUGAUCAAAGGAGGUGUCUAUGAUGAUUUGAGUUUAACGGUGGGCGAGGCAUUAAAGAAGCGAUCUCCGGACUUCCCCGGUAUCUAUACAUGCUCCCUGAACGAUGGUCUGGAUACCAUUUUCGACACGAUUCGCAAAUCCCGUGUACACCGCCUGGUUGUGGUGGACGACAACUUCCGGCUAAAGGGUGUCCUGACCUUGAGUGAUAUUCUCCAGUACAUCCUUUUGGAGGGUGAAAAUGACGAGUCAUCAUGAACAAUGUAUUUGCGCCUUGUCGCGCUGCUACGCAUACUUACAACUUGCAUGGAAAGGCGUUUUUGCGUGCUAGUGUCGGUUCCCGGGCCUCCUUGGUUGGCAACGGUAGCCCACUCGCACGUUAUUGACUUGAUUAUACGGUUCUACCCCCUUAUAUUGCUUCUUGGUAUUUGAGCACUUGGGCUUUUGUCCGUCUUGUUUGAAAUGCAAAAGUAGACGGUACUUUAUGGCGCAACGGUCUAUAUCCCGGUUACAAAGGCACUCGUGUACACAAUACAUCUAGACAUUGUCAUUGAACUUCAGUUGUAGAAAUAGCCCGCUCAGCGUGAGAAGUUGAUUGUUACUUGUGAGCGUGGCGGUUGCAGUUGUAAUAGCAAGCAACCAUGG